AUGCCAAAAGGUUCUAAAGAAGGCACAAAGUUGCGUGUGAGAAACAAAUCAACGAAGAAAAACCUUUUCAAAGGGAAACGUUUCGCUGAUUUGCGCAAAGAUGGCGAAAAUAAUGGCUCUCAAUCUGCCAGCCAACAAAACGCAAUUACUCAAGAUCGAGUGAUAAAUAACGAAGAUUUGGUUACUGUAAAGUCAACAUCGGCACGAAAACUGGAGAAUGCUAGUUCUGAACUACCCCAAACUCCCGAAUUUACAAGACAGAAUUCACAAGAGGAAAAAGACGGAUACCGGAUUGUUUAUAUUGAGAACAUACGGAAAGCUGUUGAAAUGAUGCACAAAUGUAAGAAUGGGACAAUCAUAACUUGUGAAGAUGCUUCAAAACGUGCUGGAUUGAGCAGCAGCUACUAUUUUGAAUGCACGAAAUGUAGACAGAGAGUGGACAUGGAUACUUCGAAGCCAGUCGAGGGAAAAGCUCGUUCUUUUGAUGUAAAUCGGAGAACGAAUUUUGCCAUGGGUGAGUUGGGCUUAGGCAGAGAGGCUCUUGCAACCAUUUGCGAAAUUUUAAAUAUGCCACCCCCAGUAAGUGAUAGUGCUUAUCAAAAACAUAAUCGCUCGGUGAACUUAGCAACACAAAAAGUUUUGGAAGAAAGGUUGAACGAUGCCGGCCAUCGAGUACGCACAUUCCUGCAGAAGGAUGAUGCAGAAAUUCUUGAUGUUGCCGUGUCAUUUGAUGGUACAUGGAGCAAAAGGGGCUUCACAAGUUCCGGUAUAUUGAUAUGGUAUGUGAUGGUGAUAGCAAGGCAUAUGGAGAAGUGUGGGAUAUAUAUGGGGUUUGUGAUGAUUGUGAGAAAUAUGAAAAUAUGGACAAACAGUCAGCAGAGUACCAAAAGUGGUUGAAAUCGAAAGCACAUGCUAAUUGGGAGAGAGAACAUAGCACAAGCAAUGAAAAUUGCCAUCGGGUUAGCAAGCUUGAUUGUGUCGGACAUGUGCAGAAGCGUAUGGGCAAAAACCUGAUAGCUCUGUCUGGAAAGUCAAAGCUCGCAGAUGGUAAACCGGUGGGAGGAAGAGCAGGAAGACUCACCAGGCCUAUGAUUGACAAACUGCAGAAAUAUUAUGGCAAUGCUAUUAGACGGUGCGUGGACAAAAAAGCGAAAAGUAAACAAGAAGUGGAGGAUGCAGUAAAGAGAAUGCAAUGUGCGAUAAAAGGAGUAUUGUACCACAGCGUGAAGAUUGUGGAUGAAAAGAAGAGGCAUCAGUACUGUCCUGAUGGAGAAAGUUCCUGGUGUUCAUUCAAGAGAGACAAAGCAGUAGGAACCAAUACUCCUUUUCUCGACAAGUCACACCAUCUGGAUCCAGUCUUUUUAGAAUUUUUAAUACCGUUAUUCGACCGACUUAGUGAGAAGAAGCUGCUGAAAAGGUGCUUACCAGGGCUCUCACAGAAUGCUAAUGAGUCUGUCAACUCACUUGUGUGGAACAGAUGCCAUAAACAUAGGAACAGAGGGAUAAAAUCUGUUGAGACAGCAGCUGCCUCUGCAAUCAUGCAAUUCAACAUUGGUGUGGCUGGUCGACAUGGCGUCAUCACAAAAUAA